CUGAGAGGAGGGGCCACGUCAGCCAUUGCGUAGGCGCGAUGUCGUCUGUCGAGUUCUCGAUUUAACAUGGCGGCAGCAGGGUGGAAGCAUGUGUCGAUUUGAGCGAAUGGAAAUGUGCAGGGCAGAAAGCCAGGAAGUCAGUGAGUGAAAACUCACACCUGUCCCCCCUCACCACUACCCAAAAAAAACCAAGAGAAGGGUUAAAAAAAAUCCAGACAGGUCGGUUAGGAGUGUUACUCCUGGAGAGGAGAAAAAGAGACGGACGAUCGGACAUACACCUGCCGGUGUUGGAGUGGGGUGAGACUGAUAAGAGAAAAUCUCAAGCCGAGGUUUGGUGUGGAUCUGUUUCUACAAAUCCAAUUUCUUAAAAUAUACUCAUCACCCCGGUGACCGAAAGAGGACAAAAAAAGACCGCAAAAGGAGGCUUUUUAAAAUUUUUAAAUCUUUUUUGAAAAGAAAUACUCACUGGUUCGCCUUUUUUGAAAUAUAAUAUUUUAAUUCGAUAGUGAGUGAAGUGGGACUUUUUUUUUAAAAAAAGCUGAAUUAAAGCGAGUGUGAGCCCACUCGGCCCAGACACACUUAGCAUAGAAAGGGAAUGGCCACCGAGGUCGAGUCUCGCAUGGUCCAGCCCUCGGAUCACGAAGCCUCUGGUCAGCCGCCCGGUUGCUCGCAGGACGAGCCCGUCGUCACCCGCGACCGCUCAUCGUCCUCGUCCGCUUCGGGAGGAGACGAGGACUCGCAGGGAGGAGGCCUGUCGGAGAGGAGAGACGUGGGGCUUGUAGGCCAAGAGGAAUCCGAGUCACCGCCACUCCCGAGCCAAGUGGAGUUGGACAUGUCAACCGAUCCGAGGAAAGAGGAUAAAGAAAACGACCAGAGCCCGGGGGAAUCGGAGGAGAAGCAACAGAACAAAUUCACUGAAGCGCCUCCUCCUAAAAUCAACCCCUGGACCAAGAAGAACAUGGUCACCGUGAACAGCGUGAGGGUCAGCAGUCCAGAGCCAGACCAACAAAGUUCAACCAAAGUAAUCAAGGCAAGCAAGCCGAAGAUAAAGAAACCUGGAAAGGCAAGUGACUUCAGUGACAUUACAAAUUGGCCCACACCAGGGGAAAUCGCUUAUAAAGAGCAUAACAACAUUAUGAAUCAACAAAACAAAAAGCCUCUAAAUAAAAAUAAGAAAAAAGACCGACCCGAAAAGAGAGAUAACAGUGAAAGUAAAGAGAACCGUGAAACGCAGGACGAUGAAGAGGAUGAUGAAAAGUCAGGGAUCGAUGAUGAUUCCCAGGGAUCUUCGCAGAAAGGAAAAAAGGGUACCAAACAUAAAUGGGUUCCAUUACAUCUGGAGGAAGUGAAACAAGAUGGACAGGAAAGGCCCAGUUCACGUAACAAUUCACGAUUACAGUCAGAUGUAACACGGUCAUUGCAAAAUAAUAAAAGGAAUGAUUAUUCAAGAAGUUGGCGCAGAGAUGACAAACGUGACCGAGAUAGAAGAGAUGAUGCUGAUGAAGUUGGAAGUGUUAGGAGUGAAGGUGGUGGUGUACGAGGAGGGUUUAGAGGCAGAGGAAGAGGCAGGGGUCGAGGAAGAGGACGUGGCAGAGGAAACCCCCGCAUGAAUUAUGAUUAUUCAUACGGAUACAAGCAUUCAUACGAUUCCUCUGAUCCGUACAUAGCCGAGUACAACAGUAACAUGAUGUACUAUUAUGAUGAUGGAAGUGGAGCGCAGAUGUACACAGUGGAUGAAACCCUGCUGAAGGAGUACAUAAAGCGACAAAUAGAAUAUUACUUCAGCACAGAAAACCUAGAAAGAGAUUUUUUUCUGAGACGAAAGAUGGAUGAUCAGGGUUUUCUGCCUAUAUCCCUGAUUGCCAGUUUUCACAGAGUGCAGGCUCUAACCACAGAUGUAAAUCUAAUAUUUGAGGCUUUGAAAGGUAGUACUGAGGUACAGAUUGUCGACCAGAAAAUGAGGAAAAAAGAAAGUCCUGAAAAAUGGCCAAUUCCAGGCCCACCUGUUUCUGAUGCUCCAAGAACUGAUUUUGCUCGUUUAAUCAACUGCCCAGAAUUUGUACCUGGACAGGUUUAUGGAUCACAAACUGAAUCUGCACCUAGUUCCCCCAGAAUGGGAAGUCCUGGUGAUGCAAAGAACAAUGCUGAAAUCAGUAACCUUCAGACGAUGUCUAAAGGGUUGUCGACAAGUUUGCCUGAUCUAGACUCUGAUUCUUGGAUCGAGGUCAAAAAGAGACACCGUCCAUCACCAUUAAAAUCAAAGGAGACUGAGCCAACCAAAUCUCAGCAAACUUGUAAACCGGAACAAGAGGAACAGGAGGAACUGGAUUUCAUGUUUGAUGAAGAGAUGGAACAGAUAGAAGGACGCAAGAACACAUUCACUGAUUGGUCAGAUGAUGACUCAGACUAUGAAAUUGAUGAUCGUGAUGUGAACAAAAUCUUGAUUGUAACUCAGACCCCUCCCCACUUGCGCAAACAUCCUGGGGGGGAUCGUACAGGAAAUCAUGUUUCACGAGCAAAAAUUACAACUGAUCUAGCAAAAGCGAUCAAUGAUGGCCUAUACUACUAUGAGAAAGAUCUUUGGAUGGAAGAGAAUGAGCCUGAAUAUGCAACAAUAAAGCAAGAAAUAGAAAAUUUUAAGAAACUAAAUGUAAUUACUAAAGAACAUUUUGAUACCUUGGCUCCUGAACCACCAAUUGAUCCAAAUCAGGAAGUCCCUCCUGCACCACCAAAAGCCUCACAAGAUUAUACUGAAGAGCUCGCCAAUAAGUUGUUUGGUAUUCCAGAACCUCCAUCAUCAAACCUGGCCCGUUCUUUGCCUACAACUGUACCAGAAUCUCCAGUAUGUCCUGCCAGAACACCAAGAACACCUCGAACACCUCGGUUACAGGAUGCUAACAAGACUCCUCGGUUCUAUCCUGUUGUUAAAGAAGGACGGUCACUAGAUGUUGAGACCCCAAGGAAGAGAAAGACAAGACACAGUUCAAAUCCACCACUUGAGUGUCAUAUUGGCUGGGUUAUGGAUUCAAAAGAACACAGGCCACGAACAUCAUCUGUCAGCAGCUCAAAUGCCAGUCCUUCAGAAGGUACUCCUUUUGUUGGAAGUUAUGGAUGCACGCCAAGCUCACUACCCAAAUUCCAGCAUCCUUCCCACGAACUCUUAAGAGAAAAUGGCUUCACGCAACAGGUGUACCACAAAUAUCGCCGAAGGUGCUUAAAUGAGAGGAAGCGUUUAGGAAUUGGACAGUCCCAGGAAAUGAAUACGUUGUUCCGUUUCUGGUCUUUCUUCCUCCGAGAUCAUUUCAACAGGAAGAUGUAUGAAGAAUUUAAACAGCUAUCUCUUGAGGAUGCAAAAGACAAUUACAGGUAUGGAUUGGAGUGCCUGUUUAGAUUUUUUAGCUAUGGAUUAGAGAGGAGGUUUCGACAUGAUAUAUUCAAGGACUUCCAAGAAGAAACAAUAAAAGACUAUGAAGCAGGGCAGCUUUACGGUUUGGAAAAAUUUUGGGCUUUUCUUAAAUACACUCAAACCAAGAAUUUGCCAAUUGAUCCCAAACUGCAAGAAUAUCUUAGCAAAUUCAAACGUCUUGAGGACUUCCGAGUUGAUCCUCCAUUUGGUGAUGAGGUUGGUAGAAAGAGACGUUCUUCUGGAGCUGAAGAGUUUGGUCGCAGAAGACAUCUAUCAAACUCUUCCACUAAAUCCAUAAAUGCUGCUAAGCCCAUAUCCACCAAUCAGCCUCAGGUCUCCAACUUCCCCAAACGGGAUUCUGCAUCUGGGAAACCCAAGGAACAAAAGAGCCAGAAUAUUGCUGCCAUGACUGCCACUGAAUCUGAAACACCUGAGAAAUGAGACUCUUUGCAUCACCCUCCUUGCUUAUACAAAUCGCAUCAGUAUUUUAAGCUCAAGGAACUUGUCCAGUUUUUAGACGCUGCCUCAAUGAAAGGAAAAGAAAACUUGAAAAUGUUCAUUUACUUUCAGUUUAUGGGGUGGGGAAAAACUACUAAGUUCAAAUUUUAUGAGCUUUCAUCAAGCUAUUUUAGGGGAGGGGACUAUCUGUCAAGCUAUUUGCCACUCCCUUCAUUCUGAUUGUCAAGAUUACCUUGAGCUACUGUUUACAAAAACGCAUUCCUGCACAAUAUGCAAAAAUUACACAUUUGAAUUUUGGGAUGCCUUACAUUUCAAUGAGGAUUUCUCAUACUUCUUAAAGAAGAAAAUUUAUUUUUUAGUCCAUUACCAUAGUGCUUUCGCAGCCAAUUCCUCCUAUUGUUAAUUAUUAAUUGUAUAUACUGAUAUCAGAGUAGAAAACAAAUUCUGGAAGGGUGUACGAUUGAAAUUAUUUGAGUUUUGAGGGAAAAGAAAAAGAAUCUGGAUAAAGAAAACCAAUUCAUACAGACAAGAUUGUAUAACUAAGGUUGCAACAUAACUGAAUGAAUAACAAUAAUUAACAAAGUGUGUUGAGAAUGGUUGUGCAUCAUCCUGGAUGUGGAGUGUUUUAGAUUUAAAGCAGUUGGUUACAUAGUUUUUCACAGUUUAGUGGAGGUUGUUAAUGAUCCAUAUAAAAGGUAUUGUUUGGGCUUGAAUGAAAGUAGAACUGAAGAAGAUUGUGCAUUUUUUUUUAAAUGGUCUUCUGAAUCACUAAUGGUAUCUUGCACUGCUUAAGUUUACCUACUGCUGCAUCUUGACGUGUAGGCAAAGAUAAAAUAACUGGUUAUUCUCAUUUCAGGAGGUACGUGAGGGUCUAGUUUAGGUUAAUCCCUUUUAUUUUAUGCUUCAUGUGCUUUCAGUAAAGCACUACAAUUGAUUUGUAUUUUUUUUAAUGUCAUACCGUUGGAAAAUGUUUAAAUUCUUGUGGAAAAUUUACAAAAAAACUUAAGUGCUCAUUUGCUGAAGUGAUUUUGUUUAAUUUUGCUCCAUUUUAGGAAUUAUUAAGACCGUGUCAUUAUUUUUAAAUUAUACUUAUAACAGCAGAGGUGGGUUUCUGUUUUUUUUGAAAGGUUGUAUUCACACAUCUGUGAAAAUUACUGGAAAAUGAUAAAAUCUGACACAUUUGUAUUUAAAUAUGCUAUCAAGAGUAGCAUUCUAAUGCAACCAGUGAAAACAAUCUGUUGGUCUUCCUAUCUGUUCAGACUUGAAUAUAGGAAAGUCUGGGCUGUAACUAUUGACUUACUGCUGGUAAUCUGAGGGCUAGAAUGAACUGUAGCAGUGUGGAAUCCACAUAACUACCUUUAUAAAUAUUCUACAGCUGUACAUGAUUUAAUUUGCAGAAAUAACAUUCAUAUCAUACCUAAUGUAUAAUCCAGGCUUAAACCCAGCUAAGAGAAGUGAUUGUAAAAUACUUGGAUGAAAGAUUGUAUAUACCAUUCAAAGUAAUCAGUUUAGAGUAUUUACCCAAAUUUUUUUCAUCUAAUGAAAUAAGUGUGCACAUCUAGCAUUAGCGCGUGUAAUUUGUGGCAAUCUUCCCAACUUUUAUAAAAAUGCAUAUAAAAACAUACAAAAUGAAUCAGAAAAUAUAAA